UAUCUGAUUAUCAGGCCGCUGUUAGUUUUGCCAGCUGAAUGCUGUUAGUUUUGCCAGCUGAUUGCUUUAAGAGCUGACUACAUUCAUUAGUGGUUUGUGGUGAAGUUUGUGGACGCCUGAUUGUCAAUUAGCUGGUCCUUGCUUCAGUUACAUGUUACAUGCUGCUGUUCUUCAGAUGCAGGUACUAUUUCGUCUAAGCAGUGUUGAUAAAUGUUAUCUAACAAAUUAGAUUUUCCUGUCUCUCAGAGUUGGAGGUUCUGGGCAGCAAUGAAUUGAUUUUGCAGCCAAUAUUUAUUCUAAGGCUAUUCUCCGCCAAUUCAACAGCAACAGCACGCGAUUCAUGGUCCGUUUUGUCAGAUAGCCCGCAGCCUAUUUACUGCCUAGUUGCAGAGAUUUGGCACUGUGACGAUUUGGAGGCAGACGGUGCCGCAGUUGUGGCGAGCGCCGAGCGGAUAUAUGGUCGUGAAUGAUAUGGAUGGUUUGUAUUUGAAUUUGGCAUGGUGUCGUCCCUUGCGCUGGGCAAAAAAAAGCAAACGAAGCGUUCAGGUUUGCUGAAUCAACUAGACAUCUCCUGCACAUCGGAUAGUGGGGGGGGGGAGUGGGAGAGUAAUGGAGGCGAGGCCAAGCUGCAGCGCAAGGCAGAAGGCGAAGUUCGGCGUAGGGGACCACCAGCGCCGGGGUGUCCACCGCCUGGACGCGGAUGCCCUCUGCAAAAUCUUCUCGUUGCUAGACCACAACGGACUCGCCCGCUGCUCUGCUGUCUGCAAGUCCUGGCACAGGAUUAUUCAGGAGUCUAGUCUUUGGAAAGAUCUGUGCUACAAGCAUUAUAACAAAGUUAAGGAUGGCAACAGCGAGGGGUUAAGUUCGUGCCGGGGCCUACCAAAUAUGUACUUUGCAGAGUUGGCUAUGGAGCAGCAUAGAAGGUCCUUGACUAAUGGAAAAUUUUGUGUCCAUCAGUGGGAUUGUCACUCCAAUGCGAUAAACCAAUGUCGUAUGAAGAUGGGUAUGAUCUUGACAGGUGUAGGUGACAAGGUACUGCGCAUGUGGUCUUCAAGGAGCUAUAGAUGCAUAGGAGAAUAUUCUGUCCCAGGUGUGGCUGAACUAGUUGACUUUGAUUUUGAUGAAAGCAAGAUUGUUGGUCUUGUGGGAAACCAGAUAUACAUUUGGAGGCGUCAUGGAAAGCAAAGCAUCCUGGUCUCAUCUAAAGGACAAUUUAGUCGUGGUUACUGUAUGCGUUACAUGGAUCCAGAGGCGGUCAUUGGAUGUGGGGAUGGAACUGUCCGUGUCUAUGAUAUGUAUAGUAGAGCUUGUUCUCAGAUUAUUAGGAUGCAUGCUGGUCCAAUUACAUGUUUAUCUCUUUCUGAUCAUCAAUUUAUCAUUAGUGGUUCUUCACUUGGAAGCAUCACUGUGGCCGAUCUUUCAUCUGAACAAAAUGUUGCUUCUUUAAAGACCUCUACUUCACCAACAGGAAUCUCAAGCUUAUGUUUUAAUCAGGGCUCUUACUAUGUUUUUGCUGGUUCGACCUCUGGGUUUGCUCACUGUUGGGAUCUCAGGACUUUGAAGCCAUUCUGGGAGACUCGUGCAAGCCCAAAUGUCCUGUAUUCCAUGCAUCAUCUGUUGAAUGACACAUCGUCACUGGCUGUGGGUGGCAUUGAUGGUGUUCUACGCAUUAUGGAUCCCAACACAGGUGAUGUGCUCUCCAGCUAUGUUCCCGGAGGUGUCAUCAAUAGAUCAACUUUUUCUAGUGGCUUGGUUCAGAGGAAUGUAAGAUCCCUCUCUCAAGACUCGCGAAUAGAUGUAAUUCCUAAAAAAUUCAGGCCUCCCAUAACUAGUCUUGCUGUGGGCAUGGAAAAGGUGAUCACUGCUCACAACGACAAAUAUAUCAUGAUGUGGAAAUUUCAUUCGUAGCCACCUCUUUGCUUGAUUCAGCAUAUAGUUGAGGGCAUUGUGCAUUCGAGACAAACUCUCCCCUGUAUUUUUUAUAUUCAUAAGAUUGACUAUGGUGCUGAUCCUUAUCCUGACCAAGGAUUUACAUGCUUUUCUCUUGCUGCAGCAUUUGAACAGAAUCUCCAAUCUGUAUGAGAUAAAUCAGGAUACAUACUUUUCUUGUA